AUGAAGAAUCUUCGAGGGGAGAUGGAACAAGAGGAUCCUGUGGCUACUACUACUGCUACUACUCUGCAAGAAGAAUCUCAGUCCUUGUUAUUGAACUCUGCUUAUAAUGAACCUUCUUCCUCUACUCCUGUCAUGAUGGUCAUAGAUACACCAGUUUAUGGCAAAAAGAAAAAUCCAAUUCUUUUGCAGAUCAUCAAAAUUAAAAACUUUUAUCAAUCGGAAUCGUUGAGAAGAGUGAGAAGAUGGGUCGCAUUAAUUAUUGGUGCAUUGGUGAUGAUUGCAUGUGGAACACAAUAUUCAUUUUCAUCGAUCAGUCCUUCUCUCAAAAAACGUUUCGAUUUGACUCAAACACAAGUGAAUACCAUUGGAACAGCAGCGAAUUUGGGUACCAAUUUCAGUUUUCUCUUUUCAUUGGUCAAUGAUUUUUUAGGAUGUCGAGCAUGUUCGUUUGUAUCUGGAUUGUGUUUAUUUGCUGCUUACUUUUUAAUGUCACUUUCCGUGUCAGGUGCAUUGCCAUGGGCUGAGAAUUACAUUGCCUUGUCCAUUUUCAUGUUUUUGAUGGGAAAUGCUUGUGGAGGUGGAUACACAGCUGCCAUUGUUGCAAGUAUUAAGAAUUUUCCUGAAAGAAAUCGAGGACUUGUCGUGGGUGUCAUGGCUUCAUGUUUUGGUAUCAGUAGUGCCAUUUAUUCCUUCUCCUAUUCCUAUAUUUUCCAACUUGAAUUACAACCUUACAUGAUUUUUUGUGCCAUUUUAGGAGGAGUGGUGGUUAUGGGUUUAGGAACCAUCUUUUUAGACAGUAAUUCCUCAGCAGAUUCUCCAAAGAAAGAAUCAAAAGCAGUUGAAGAACAGUCUGCCUCUAUUAAUACUACCUCAGAAAAUGCAUCGAGUGAAAAUGAUGGAGAAAAGAAUGUUUCAGAACAACACAUGACUGAAGAAAGUAUUGAAAUUGAAAAAAUUAAUGUGAAAUUGAAAGAAUUGGAAAUGCCAAAUUUGAACUCGUUGAAAAUGUUAAUUUCUCUUGAUUUUUAUUUGGUGUUUUUGGUUAUAUUUAUUGUUAUUGGAGCUGGUAUUACUGUCAUUAACAAUUUGGGAGGAGUUGUGUUGGCCUAUGGAGGUUACAAUGGACAACAAAAUAUCAUGAUCAUUAUCUUUUCUCUCAGUAAUUGUUCUGGACGAUUGAUUUUUGGAUUUUUGAGUGAUAAAUUUUUAAAUCCAAAACGAAACCUUACAAGAAUUACCUUCCUUGCAGUUUGUACCUUAUUGAUGACCAUUGUACAAUUCUUAUUUGCAGUCAUGCCAUUGAACGGUAUUUAUGCUUUGGUGGUGUUAUUGGGAAUUUGUUAUGGAGGUACCUUUGCAUUGACUCCAGCAUUCAACAGUGAAAGAUUUGGUCCUAAAUAUUUCGGUAUGAACAGUACGAUUCAAAGUAUGGCAGCCUCACUUGGAAGUUAUGCCUUCUCGACGGGUAUGGCUGGUGCUCUCUAUCAAGCCAAUGUCGUGCCACCAAGAACUCUCACUUGUCACGGAAGAGAUUGUUAUGAAGGAACAUUUUUCAUCUUGUCAUUGUUGUGCUGCAUUGCCUUAAUCUUUUGCAUGAUUUUGCAAUACAGAACCAAAUGGCUAUAUGCUACCAUGUAUCGAAGAAAGGUACUUGCUAACCGAUUAGAACAGCUUGAAAAGCUUGAGAAACAACGAGUUUAA